AUCAUAUUUUUAAUUCAACCGUUAAUAGUACCUGUAGUGUCACCUGUUAAAAAUAUUCGUACUUUUGUGAAAGCCCCAUUUUAUUGGAGAUUCCAAGAUGAGAUUGGGCAUCACUUUAGGAGUACUAAUAUCGACUCUAUGGAUUCUCCAUGAUUGCAAUGCUAACCGUGCCUAUAAGGCAGAAUGUGGAGAAAAGGAGGUAUACGUUCCCUUUCAAGAGGACAGCGACGAACCCGAGAGAUAUCGAGUAUGUUUUAGUAAAACAGGAGAUUCCAUGGAAUAUAUUUGCCCGAAAUGUCUCAUUUUUAAUAAAAUAACGAGAAGCUGCACUGUUUCGUUUAAUGAUGGACCUGCUGUGAAAUGCACUAGCGAAAAAGAGAAACUGCGAGACACGGACGACACAACUUGCAAAGGAUAUUACGAAUGUCUACUUGAAGGAGAUAAGCUGGUACCUAAGAAGAAGACCUGUGAUGGAUACUUCAAUGUGCUUUUACGAGAUUGUGUUCCUUUGGAUGAAUAUUUUUGCGGAGAUGAUGGCGGCCCUGAUUGUGAUAAUCCAGAUUUUCAGGAUAAAAACUGGGUUAACAAAGAAAGUUGUAACUCCUACUAUGAAUGUGUCGAGGAUGUUCGUGUGUUCCGAAAAUGCCCCAGUGGAGAGAUUUUUGAUGCACAUGCUCGAAAGUGUACGAAGGAAGUCAAAGAUAAAUGCAAAGCUGAAGAAUCGGCCCCCGGUUUACUGGUGGAUCUAGAAACUAUGUGCAAAGGAAAGGUUGGAAAAUUCCUUGCAGAUCCCUACUAUUGCAAAGCUUACUACUAUUGUAUUGACGAAUUAACCCCUUACUGGAGUACCUGUGAUCCCGAUAGAUAUUUUACGAAUGGAACGUGCAGUAAAACAAGGCCUAAUAGCUGCACUUGCGAAGAUAUAGACUGGGAUAAAAAUGGCAAGGAUUCAGAAAAGGUUCCAGAUAAUUCUAAUGAAUCAAAGUAUUACGUGUGCAGAAAAUCAAAACUUCCCGAGGAAAAGACGUGUCCAUCGGGCACAAAAUACGAUCCAGUGAAAAACUAUUGUUAUGAGUGACCCAGCAGAUACAUCUUGUUCAACAUGUCCAUCGAAAAUAAAUCAGAAGCUUUUUCCAAUUAA